GCACUCCACACGUUUUUCACGACGUGUGCAUCACGAGUCUGAAAGAACCGCGGUUAAUUAGUUUCUUUCUGAAGAACGAGUCCUCGAUAUCCAUUGGUACUACACAUCGUGGACUAAACUCAACGACAUAAUGGCACUUUCCAGUUCAUUGAUCGUGAUCGUUUUUAUUGGCGUGGUCGCUUAUGCGGUGGCCGGACCCAUUCAGUUACAGCCUGGACUGAAUACGCUGCAGCAGAAUGAAUAUGGGGGAUUGGCGAAUCUCUUGGCAAGAUACAUGGAAGAUCAAAGGAUUAAGCAGAGCCCGAAGCGAAACUUGGAUCAGAUUGGUGGCGGACAUCUCGUAAGGGAUACAAACAAGCAAUUUGAAAGUUUAUUAAACGAAGAAGAGAAUCGUUUGAUAGAAUGUUUAAAUUCCGCCGGUGACAAGCAAAUACUUGAUACACUCUGCCGAGAGGAACUUUUUACCGAUCGAUUUCGUAAUGGAAAUCUCAUUAAUUCUUCAAUCAAUUUUGUAGCGUUUGAAGAUACAAUAAAUCAUCCAUUAAACAGCCCUGAUUUUAAUGCCGAUCAAGCAAAUAAUCAGUUAUUUAUGGAUCAAUUUAUUAAUGGCGAUGUUUCAAACAACGCAGAGAGUGAUAGACGAAUUGUUAAAAAUCUGGAUCGGAUCAGUGGCGGGCAUCUCGUAAGAAAUCUAGAUCAAAUCGGUGGCGGGCAUUUGGUUAGAAGCAUCGACUAUCCAAACGCAGGAAUAAAACAGCGCAUUGAUCAGCCGACAAGCAUUUCAGAGAAGCUGCACUUCACGAGAAAUCUGGAUCAUAUCGGAGGCGGAAAUCUUGUGAGAAAUUUAAAUCAGAUUGGAGGCAGAAAUCUUGUGCGAAACUUGGAUCCAAUUGGCGGCGGAAAUCUUGUAAGAAGCUUUAAUUGAUUUUGCAGCAAUGUCUAAUCAUGGUGGAUGAAUCAGUACAAGAAGAGGAAAGAGAAUGGCUUAGAAGUGAUUGUAUUUAGAAUGGAGAAAAGCUUUUAUAUUGAUUUUGAAUAUUGCACGUGAUUUCUUUUA